AGAACGAAUUGAAUUGAAAUCACCUCCAAAUGAUAUCUGUUGGAACCAGCUGAUCGAAUUACAGAAGAGGAACAAGAAGAAAAGAUGAUAGUGGAGCUGAAACAGGGCCUUCUCAGAUGGAAUCCCUACAGUUUUCCUCUUGUUCUAUCCCCUCCCGCUAUUUCCCAUAAACCCAAUUCAUUGAAAAUCUACGCUGUAGUUGAAUCGAUGAACGGAAGCAUCGAAAGAAAUCAUCAUGAGGGUCUAACGGCUAAAGAGAAAAGGCAACUGAGAAACAGCAGGAGAGAAAGCAAAGCCUCAAACUGGAAAGAAGAGGUGGAGGAGAGGUUUAUUAAGAAACCCAAGAAGCAGCAUGUUUCUUGGACAGAAGAGCUCAACCUUGAUAAACUUGCAUUGUUGGGUCCUCAAUGGUGGGUUGUUAGGGUCUCCAGAAUGGCUGGACCUGAUACUUAUGAACGCCUGGCCCGGUUACUGGCUAAGAAAUUCCCAACCAUGGAUUUCAAGGUUUAUGUUCCUUCUGUCCAAGUGAAGAAGAAAUUAAAAAAUGGAACACUCUCAGUGAAACCAAAAUCAGUUUUCCCUGGAUGUGUCUUUCUGAGGUGUGUACUAAAUAAAGACGUGCAUGAUUUUGUAAGGGACGAAAUUGAUGGCAUUGGAGGCUUUGUUGGAGCGAAGGUGGGAAAUACAAAGCGGCAGAUCAACAAACCAAGGCCGGUGGACUCAGAAGACAUGGAAGCAAUAUACGAGCGUGUAAAGCAUGAGCAAGAUGAAGCAGAUCGUGCUUUCUUGGAAGAACAAGGACAGGAAUCUUCGGACUCUGAGAAGCUGAAUGUGGAUACUAAUUCUGCUUCCUCGUCUUCUGUAGAAUCCGAGUCUAAUACCCCUGUGAAGGCUCGUGGACGGCGGAAAAAAGCUACAGCAUCUGGGGAUCAGUUGGUCGGAUCCGAAUUUAAACUUCCAAAACCAGGCUCGACAGUACAAGUUGUAUCUGGGGCUUUUGCAGGAUUUUCAGGCAUCCUAAAGAAGUUUGACAUUAAUACAGGAUUGGUGACUGUUAGUUUGACAUUGUUCGGCAAAGAAACUUUAGCUGACUUGAAGGUGAAUGAGAUUACAGCGGGGCCAGAAGCUCAAUAGCAAGUUUAUUAUGGUGUAAGUUCAUGCAUACAGCGGAGGCAGAAGGUCAAUAGCGCGUUCACAAUGGUGUAAGUUUAUGCGUUCAUGUAUUUUUUGUAACCCUGAUAUGGUAGUUACGUGUUUGCAAAUCUGUAAUAGCUCCCCCAUUCCUACACUGCACAUAUGCAUGGACACGCUUUGCCUGGUCAAGGUAACACUUAGAUCGUAGUGUCCAUGGUACAUGCUGAAUUUUACAGCAUAGAAUGGGGAUACCGCGGGUGCUAGAAGUGCUUCUGGGAUCUUUGUUUACGAGUCAAUCUCAACAGCUUUAGAUCCCACGGCAGAUCCAUAUUAAAGCAUAACCUCACCACCUGCAAUGACGAUGUACUGUGGAAACUUUCACUUUUACCCCCACUGUGUAAGGCCGGUUAUUCAUGUUGCAUCAAAUAAUCAUAAUCAAACCUAUUGGGAAGGAUCACUAUAAAGUUGAUCCCCGCAGGCUUCCUCAUCUGGUAUUCUUCUCUGCUGCAGAUACAUAUAUUCGGCCGUUCUUUCGUAAGGUCCUACGCUUUUUUUUUUUUUUGUUUAACAAAGAAGUCACCGAAUUCAAGAACUGUGUAUAUCACUACUGUUCUACUACUAGAGGUGUUGCUCAAUCUUUAAUUUUUAUUUUAUUUUUAUUUUCACUAAAAAACAUUGCGAACAGAGUAAUUUGUGGCAAACCAGCAGGCAUGUAUAGCUUUCCCGGGCACAGAAUUUGAUCACCGGUAAUUUCUCGAAGUUGGAUCCUUGUAAAAUGUCAACUAGGGACACCUGCAACGGUUCUUGAAGAUUGGGGCUGUAUGCUUCUGAAAAGAUCAGAAAAACUAACAAAAUCUGAAGUUUCUGUAUUGCUUCAAUGACGACACGAACCAGAAGAAAACAGAAACUGAACCGAAUAGAUGAAUCGAAAGAUAAGAAAGAUCACAUGCAAGAAUGAUUGGUGUUGAACUACUGGUACGUUGCUUGUUGUCGGUUGAAGUUGAGCAAUCACCACCAAAUCAUCAUCAUCAUCCCCAAAGGAAGGAAGUCACAACUCACAGGUGACGCCAUUAUUUUUCCGUUUCCUUACCAAUUUUUGACGGGACCAACACCCAUGCUUCUUUUAUUUUUCUUCUUCGGAACCCUUUCAUUAAUUAACACAGCAUAUUAUGGAUCAGAGAGGUCCAUGCCAACCCAAAAGACCAAAGUACAUCCGGCAACCCCACACGGUCACACCAUCUUCCCAUUUUCCCCGUGACUAACAUUCAAAGUUUCCUGGUGUCUAUUUCAAUAGCGUCAAAGUAAUCCUUUGCGUCAUUUUAAUUUAUAAUAAUUACUCCCUCCGUUACAUACUUAUCGUCCAGUUUAGAUUUUCAUUUUUAGUUUAAAUUGUAGUAAGUAAAAUUUCAAAUUAGACAAUAAUUUUGAGACAGAGGGAGUACUAUUAUUGUACUAUUUUAAUUCUAACAUAUUUAGAUUAUCAAAAAUGGACAAAAGAGUAUCCUUCUUCUCUCUUUGACGAAUAAAUUUGUAAUAUGCUUGAAAUGUAAAGUAGACAUAAUGUAUUGUGCAAGUUUGAUAAUCGACAACAUCAUCGCAUUUGAUUCAGUAUCCAUGCCCUCCAAUUAAAUGGGCGAACUACUUAAAUAUUGGUUUAUUGUAACCCGG